UAGAAGAAAUCAAAAGAUAUGUGGGUUAGUUGACCCUGGCACUUUGCCCAACCGUGAGCAAACGACGGCAGUAAGAAAGAAAAUUCACGCAGGGUGGCUGUCACUUUUGGAGCUAGGACGGAUGAACUUCAUUGACUACAUACGGAUGUAUAUGGAGAUGCGGACUAAGCCCCUCCUCUCCUCCUAGCUAGGUAGCCCACCCGCCCCCACCAGCCGCCGGCCUCCGCCGCUGGUCACUCCGGCCGCGGCGGCCACCAACAAUCUCCUCGUCGGCGUCCUCCCGUCGACGGUCACAUCUUCCUUUGCUCCCGCUCCAAAUCAGACCCUUUCCUCCAGUACCAGGUUCUAUCCGAUCAUUGCUUCAUCAUGUCUUUGGCAGACCUAAACUUUGAUAAAGGUCAAGAUUUUGCUGCUGAGAUCUGGCAGAAAUGGGGUGUACCAAUCAACUACGAGGAAGAUAAAGAUAUGGAGGAAUUUCUGUUGGUUGCUGAAUUUACUAGAUCCCAAAUCCGGCUUUCUGCAGAAUCAGUCAGUACCAUCCUACUCUCAUGUUUCGGUGGUCGUGCAUCAUUAUUCAAAGUAUCUCAGCUUCAGAAUUGGUCAUUCAAGUUCUCAGUCUCCUCAAAAGAAGUGGGUUUCUCUAUCAUCAAACAAGGUAACAUUGCCUUACCACUGCUCAAUGUUAAUUUCUUACUUUGGGGUAAUGGUGGCCCAAAUUCUAGCUGGGAACUAGAUCAAUAUCUCCAAGAGAAAGCAGACGAAUGGACACAUGUGUUCAGCAGGCAUCCAAGGAAAUCCUAUAUCGAUGCUCUCAUAUCUCCAGGAAUCUACAUUGAUCAAACGCCGAGGCAAACAUCCAAUGCGGUUGAUCCGUGGAAUUCAAAUGUGACGGCAUCCCCGGGCACUAAUGACAUUCAUCGUCAUUACACUAGCAAUCAAGCGGCACCCAUCAAUACAGUGGGAUCACCUCCAUUUCAAACCAGGCCCAAAGGCCCAUUCUGCGUCCGAUGCCUUAUGACCGGCCACGUCCGGCCCAACUGCACCAACAAAAUAAAAUGUAGAGCAUGUAAGAGAUGGGGCCAUAUUGCCCGUGACUGUUAUUCUCAGGCCCAACAAGGAUUCUCCUGCGAGCCCACUCCACCGCCCCUCUCGUUUGGUAUUCCGAGGCACAAUCCCACUGUUCUCGCGAUGGCGACGACAAGUAAUGUCAAUCAGCCACCCAGUCAAAAUGUGGCACCUGCUAUCACGCCGUCCCUUACCAGAGUAGGUUCUCUCCAUUACUCCGCCUCUCGGCCUUCCAUUGCUCAACGUCUUCUCUCUGCUUCAUUCGCAUCACCGUCGCGGAUUCCUCUCGCCACCUCAUCCAACUCCACGGCAAUGGCGACAUUCCCUUUCGACCCCACCCCUUUCCUCCCACCAAAUCAUCACAGUAUUGAGGUGGAAGGAAGGCCGGCUAGGGUUCGUGUUGUGACGGCUGCUCCUCCACCAACUCAUGAGGAUUGGGCGAUUGUAUCAAUUGUCCCAAUGCCUAAUCUCCCGGUUCAUUUCAACACCAUCCGCGAGGUACUCACAGAUUUUUUCACUGAUAUGCAACUGGGAAUCUCUGAAUUCGCCCCCUGUCCAUUUGGUCAAGCUUAUGUGAAGUUCAACAGUGUCUUUGACCGUGACCAUUUGGUAAACACCAGUCCGCAUCUCUACACUGAUGUUCAUAUUGUUGUGCAAAAGCAUGAUAGAGGUCUGAACUGGAGAAGAUUGGAUCUGAACAGAGAAGCAUGGAUUCUGCUCUGUGGGUUCCCGUUUGAUAGGAGGAAUAUCCAGGAGAUUAAUAAUACUAUUAGUAAGUUUGGAAAGUUUGUGAUGUGGGAUCGAGUGAGGAGUACUAGAGCCAACCAAUUGAUCAAGAUCAAAGUGGAGGAAUUAAGCGACAUCCCAGCUAGUGUUGUAUUUGGCAACGCUGAUAGUACUGAUUCUCUGACAGUGCCUGUGGUCAUUCUUCAGCAUCAGUUGCUGGGGAUGGAAGCACCAGAUGAAGAUCCAAUCCCACCACAUGGAAAUCCUCACCCACAUCCACCACAUGCAAAUUUUCACCAAAACCAGCAUAACCACUUCCUGGGACCACUACAGCAUCAUGAACAACCUAUUGUUCAGGACCCUGCUAUCAUCCAACAGGUCAAUCUGCAGCUUGCACUGAACAAUGAACCCUUACAGCAUGCUAACCAGCAAGAGGAGUUAGAAGAUGAGGGAGAUGAUGAACUACCAGGAUGGGGCCAUUGGGCUCUACCUCAGGUGAAUCAGGUUGUGCAACCAGAAGGUAUUCUUGAACCAGUUAUUCCCAUGGAUGAUGCAGAGCUGCCUGCUGCUGAAGCAGAGGUCAUAAGCAAUGUCACUAUUUCCCUUGGCCUAACAGACAGUGCACACUCUUUUUCAUCUGCUAAUGGCCCUUUGGAGCCACCAGUUCAACUUCUUGCAGAUUUGAAUGUGAUGGUGGGCCACAAUGAUAAUGACCCUAUGGAGGCCCAGGAGGAUAUCUUGGCCCAGCAACAGCACAUGCUCAUGGGCCCAGUCAUGGUGCCAAUUCUUGAAGCCCAACCCAUUAUUGAUCACAGUCUUCAAGCAUUGCUUCUGCUACAAGUGUACACUGAUGACCACAGAGAAGUUGAUCCAAUGCAGCUAGAGUUGCUGGCCAACUCUGCCUUCCUCAAGUCCAGCAGCAAGAUGUGGAUGGUAACUAUAAUCACCAGCAGGGCCCUCAUGAUGACACCAUUGCUUUUAUGCCUCCUGUUAUUGCUCUUCAAGCAUCUACACUACAACUCAAAGAGCCAACUACUGAUACUGUGCACAAUGAGCUUGCUCUGGUUGAUACUCAACCACAGGUCAAGAAUCUCGAAGCUCACAGCCGCACAGUUAUUCAGAACACCUCACAGGGCAACAACACUGAUGCAUCCUCAACUCAAGCACAAUUGGGCACAGAAGGAGAUAUCAUUUGGCAAACUCAUUUUGCACCCAAGGAGGAUAGCCAAAGGAUUAUCCAGACGCAAGGUGUGGAUGGACAUGAGAGCCCCACUGCUUUCCAGGAGAAGACUUCUGCCUCAUCUACCUCAGAGGUUCACAGAGUCAGAAAGAGAAGAGGAAAGACUCCUCUAGUAGAAACUGAGGUUAAAGCAAAAGGGGCAGAAGAGGAGGGGCUGAACCUGCACAAGAAGGUCAAGAUACCCAAGCCUGCAAAGGGGGAAAACUGUGGCCUCAAAGCAUAGGUCAUUUGAGUUACUUCCACUAGAUUUGUCAGCUUUUGUGGAACUGAGCUAUCUUAUUGUAAUGACUAUUAUGCUUAAGGGGUCCUAUCCUUCUCUUGAUGUUAAUUGCUGGUACUUAAGGCAGACUAUCACCUAUAGACAUGUUGAACAUUAUCUAUCUUCUGAGAUGUUCUGUGCUAAGAUGUUCCUAGUUUCUGUCAUGUUUGAGUCGAGAUGUGCCAGGAGAUGCUACCCUUAUGUCUUUGCAUAUGACUAGGGAAUGGAACAUCCUGAAUUGGAAUAUCAGGGGUAUCAAUGAUCCAAAGAAGUGGCAAGCUAUCACUAAUAAGAUUGACGAGUCUCAAUGCUCAAUUCUCUGCUUACAGGAAACCAAAAGAGAACACUUUGACAGUGCUUACAUUAAAAAUUUCUGUCCAAGGAGGCUAUCUAAAUUUCAAUUCCUCCCCUCCAUAGGGGCUUCAGGUGGCUUGCUAGUUGCAUGGAAUGAACAUUCUUUUCAUGGUCAACUUAUUGAUAGCAAUGAUUACUCUAUUUCUAUUCAAUUCACCUCCACUCAUAAUGGAGAGCAAUGGAUUCUCACUAAUUUAUAUGGGCCGUGCCCCCAGGCUGAAAAAGUACAGUUUCUCAACUGGUUCCAGAAUAUCCAAAUGCCUGACGACACUAAUUGAUUGAUUUUGGGGGAUUUUAAUUUCAUUAGAAACCCAUAGAACAGGAACAGAGAAGGGGGUAACAUACAGGAUAUGUUGGCUUUCAAUGAGGCUAUCAGCAAACUGGCUUUGAUUGAGAUUCUUUAAAAGGCAGAAAAUUUACAUGGAGUAAUAUGCAACAAGCACCUCUUCUAGAGAAGUUGGAUUGGUGUUUUACCUCUGAAGCUUGGACUUUAUCCCACCCAUCUACCCUAGUAUUUCCUCUUGCAAAAACAGCUUCAGAUCAUGUCCCCAUCCAGAUUAAGAUUGGAACUGCUAUCCCAAAGACUAACAUCUUCAGAUUUAAAAAUUUCUGGAUGGAACAUCCGCAGUUCAAGCAAGUGGCCAAAGAUAUUUGGGAACAGGAUGUGCAUGAAACAGAUAGUGCUAAAACCAUUGCCAAAAAAUUCAAGAGGCUAAGGAAAGGGCUCAAGAUAUGGUCCAAAGGACUAUCAGACCUUAAAAGAGUCAUUGAUAACACAAACUUCAUGAUUCUAUGCUAUGAUAUUUUUGAGGAAUACAGAUCUUUGAGCACUGCAGAGCAUGAUGGUAGAUCUGAACUUAAGGUACAUCUUGAUCAUCUUUUGAAAUAUCAGAGGAUUUAUUGGAAGCAGAGAGCCACUGUCAGAAAGAUUAAGUUAGGGGAGGCCAACACUAAAUAUUUCCAAGCCAGAGCCACUAUCAAAUUCAGAAAUAAUUGCAUUGCUAUGCUUCAAGAUGAACAAGGACAUGAGCACUAUGAUCACUCUGCCAAAGCUGCCAUUCUUUACAGAGCUUUCAAAAACAGGAUGGGUACCUCUUCAUCAUCUCUAAAUCAUCUUCAGCUUCAACAUUUGCUCAAUCCAGUGGACUUGUCAGAGUUGGAAAUACCUUUCUCCAAAGAAGAAAUUGACCAUGUUAUUAAUCAUAUGCCUGCUGAUAAGUCACCUGCUCCAGAUGGAUUCAAUGUUGCUUUCUUAAAAAAAUGUUGGGACAUCAUUGCAACAGAUUUCUAUAAGCUUAUUGAGGAUUUCUAUCAUGGGGUAGUCAACAUCCAGAGUAUAAACUACUCUUUCAUUACACUAAUUCCCAAAGUUGAUGGUGCUUCCACACCCAAUGAGUUUAGACCUAUAUCACUACUCAAUUGUACUCUAAAAAUCAUCACUAAACUCCUUGCAAACAGAUUGCAGAAACUGAUCCUCAACCUUGUUCAUAAGAAUCAAUAUGGAUUUCUUAACAACAAAUGCAUCCAGGAUUGCCUAGCCUGGACUUAUGAAUACUUGCACCAAUGCCAGCAAUCAAAGAAAGAAAUUGUUUUGCUCAAACUGGAUUUUGAAAAAGCUUUUGACACAAUCAGCCAUCAAGCUUUGUUUGAUAUUUUAAAAGCUAAAGGUUUUGGAGACAGAUGGCUGAAAUGGAUUGAGAUGAUCUAUGGGACUGGUUUCUCUUCUGUGUUACUAAAUGGGGUACCUGGCAAGCAAUUUUUUUGUAAAAAAGGUGUUAGGCAGGGUGAUCCUCUUUCACCAUUGAUAUUUGUUAUUGCUGCAGACCUUCUGCAAUCUAUGAUGAAUGAAUCGAUGCAACAAUCCCUGGUGGACUCCCCUCUUAUACACACUUCAUGCCCUGAUUAUCCUAUUAUCCAAUAUGCAGAUGACACUAUCUUGGUUGCCAAUGCUCAUGCUGGCCAAUUAUACCAUAUCAAAAAUCUCCUCCUACAUUAUGCUGAUUACACUCGGCUAAAAGUCAACUACGCAAAAUCUAUCCUCAUCCCAAUUAACACUGCUACAAGCAAAGUUAAUCAGCUUGCCACUCUUCUUGGCUGUCAGAUUGGAACUCUACCACAGAAAUACCUUGGUCUCCCUUUGAGCCUGAGCAAACCAAGAAUUGAAGAUUACUUUCCCCUCCUGAAGAGGAUUGAAAACAGACUACUUUGUUGCUCCACUCUACUAUCCACAGGAGAUAAGUUAACCUUGGUCAAAUCUGUACUCUAUGGAAUGCCAAUCUUCUUCAUGUGUACUUUGAGGAUACCAAUUACUGUGGUCAAUCAGAUUAAUUCAUACCUCAAGAAUUGUAUGUGGAGGAAAUUUGGUUCAAUGGAACGAGGCAUGGCUAUGAUAGCUUGGGAUAAGAUUUCUCUACCAAAGACACAUGGAGGUAUGGGUGUAUUGAACAUUCAGAUUCACAACCAAACGCUACUUAUGAAGUUUCUGCACAAAUUCCUAAACAGAGAAGAUAUACCAUGGGUGCAGAUGGUUUGGGAAACCUAUUACUCCAAUACCCUGCCAGGUGAUAGAUCAGUGGGUUCUUUCUAGUGGAAAGCAUUGCUCAAAUUAUUUCCCAAAUAUAAAGAAGUGGCUUUAUGUAACAUUGGACAAGGGGACACUGCCUUUUUUGGGUCAGAUAGAUGGCAUGGCCAACCACUCUGUAACCAAUUCCCGGAGCUGCAUUCAUUCUCCAUCAAUCCAGCUAUUUCAGUGAGGCGUGCCCUAGAGCAUCAGGAUAUGAGCAGGCUGUUCCAUAGACCCUUCUCUCAGAUUGCAUAUCAGCAAUUCCUAUCACUUCAGAAGAUUAUUCUCAACAGAUCAAUCAACCAAUCAUCUGAUCAAUGGUUCUAUCCAUGGACAUCACAUAAAUACUCAUCCAUGAAGAUGUACAAGCAGCUGAUUCAUAAGACCCAAGUCCACCAUAUCUUCAAAGAUAUUUGGUCCACCUCAUGCAGGCUCAGACACAUCAUUUUUUUCUGGCUCCUUCUACAGGACAGAAUCAACACCAGAAAUAUGCUUCAGAGGAGGAGUAUGCAUCUUCAGACAUAUAUAUGUGCUCUUUGUAGUGAUAACUCGGAGGAAACAUGCAUCCAUCUCUUUUGGAACUGUCCAUUUGCCAUUUACUGUUGGGAUCAAAUUCUACCUGAAAGAAGAAGAGGCAUUUCUGCAAUUGACGAGAUUACUUUGGCUAUGGAAUCUCUCCCUUCAGAUAUUGCGUUGGAGAUUAUCAUUGCAUGCUGCUGGGGUAUUUGGUCAUGCAGGAAUGACAAGAUCUUUCGCUCAGCUCCAUCACAUUUGGGGUGUUGGAAACACUAUGUCAAAGAAGGACUCUGGGCGGCACAAAUAAAAGCUAAACCGCAAAGGGCAGACACUAUCAAGAACUGGAUUGAACAGCACCUAUAAUUUCCAGAUGUUACCUAGAUCAGGAAU